CUGGUGGAAGGCAGACAUUGCUCACGCGCUCUCCCUUUCUAUCUCUCCUUGCACGCCUAGCAGUAACCCUGUCUUUGGUAUGUCAAUCUACCCGUUCCCUCGUCGUUAUUGCGAUCAAUACACUCCCAAAUGAACCGAAAACGGGAUUGAAUCUUUAAGAACUGUCGGAUCUCGAGUAGGAGGUCCAUGAAACUCACGCCACAUUCAAGAGCGGGUCUCCAGAACGCUCUGCCGGCCAAGGAGAGAAAGGUUGUUUUGAUAGAGCCAGUGUUGUGAAGUGCUUCUUGGGUUGUUUGGUGUUUAGGCUGAGGGUGAACUUUCGGGAUGUAUAUUGUGUGUGUGCGCGCCUAAGGAAUUUACCUCCAAGUCAUCGUUUAGAGAAGGAUGUAGGAGUCUUUCCACCAUGUUAUUCCUGGUGGCUUACUUCGUUCUCGCGGCGACGCUCGUCUUCGCCCUCCCCCAAGACCUUCCCCCGGGUGGCAUUCCGGACUCAAACGAACAUCGCUACGGCGGAAUCGAAUCCGGACAGUCCUCGGACUCGACGGGAGCGUCUCUCUCCUCCCUCUGGUCCUUCAGCACAGUCACUGAGGAUAGGUACGACCACGCUCUCCACGGCGACCAACACGAACUGACGCCCUACUUCCAAGACUACGAAAACGAGACGAACAUCACAGCCCAACUAGGCUCCACUGCUUAUCUUAACUGUCGCGUCAACAGACUCCGCGAUAAGACGGUAUCAUGGAUGCGGAGAGACGGAGAAAACAUCAAGCUGCUCACGUGGGGUCUCCAUACCUAUAGUAAUGAUGCCAGAUAUUCCCUGAAUUUUGAACACCCAAACAACUGGAAGCUACAAAUUAAAUACACACAGAGGAGGGACCAAGGUAGCUACGAGUGCCAAGUGUCAACACACCCCCCUAAAGUCUUGUAUGUUCGACUCAACAUUGUGGCCCCCGUGGUGGAGAUCAUCGACGAGCGCGGGUCCAGCGUGCUCGAAAAGUUCUACAAGACGGGCAGCACCAUCGAGCUCAAGUGCACCAUCAGCCAGAUGCCCCAAGCACAGACGUUCAUCCUGUGGCGCCACGGUGACCACAUGCUCAACUACGACACGUCCAGGGGCGGCAUCAGCGUGAAAACCGACAUGAGCAGUUCAGUCAUAGUGUCCACCCUGUUCAUCGCAAACGCUACUCCACGCGACUCUGGCAACUACACCUGUUCGUUGGGCGAUGUAGCCACGGGCAGUGUUCUCGUGCACGUGCUGAACGCAGGUGAGCACCCGGAGGCCAUGCAGCAAGGCUCGGGGACGAAGGACCUCUUCUCCCUCUUCCACGUGGUCCUGCUCGCCAUCGCCACCACCAUAUUCAACACAAUCUACCCGAGCCACGGCAGAUGAUCUCUCGGAGGGGCAAGUCACUCCAGGAAUGCCCCGGCUGGCGUGUGAGGUCAGCUGAGGUCGGAUCGUACUUGGCGUGGGAGCAAGAGAUUAAAAAGGUAGUCACGUGAUAAUAUGAUAGAAGGGAUUACAUUGCUUGCUUUACCACCAGGAGCGCCAACCCUUGGAAGAUCUGGCUCCAAGUGAAGUAUUUCAUUAAGUGUGUAAGGUAAUCGAACUCCAUAAUUUUAAGAAUAACAAAGGCGGUUUAUUUCGAGGUCAAACUUCAAUGUCCUUCACGGAGAGACUCAGUAAUGUCUCUCUGCCUGUCCCCUCCUCCCUUUCCCCUCCCCCUGUCCAAAUCUCCCUGUGCUAGAAAUAUCAUAACCUUGAAUCCAUCUUAUCUAGUAUCCAAACAGAGAUUAAAACCAAGAAGAGAAGUGUACGGAAUCUAACUCAAAUUAUUAUUUUUUAAAUCCUAGAAAGUGAAACUAAAGUGUUCUUCCAGACCUUACUGCACGCAAGGAGGUAGCUGACCGUGGUUGAUCUCGCGUGCAAAGGUCAGACCAAGCUGCGAGUGGGUGACCUCUUGUAAACAAAGUAAACAAAUCAGGCGGAGACGAAGUUGUAGGAAAUGAAAAAAAAGUCUGACAUAACAGGCGAAUAAAAACAGCUAAACUGAGAUUAUCUUUAUGCGUUGCUGAACACCGUGAAAGGAAAGCAGACGGGAGGGAAUUUAAGAGUAUUAUAUAUUAUUCAAAUGUGAAUUAUGGUGCCAGACGGGUCAAACGUUCAGUAUAUAUUAUAAUCAUUCUGGUGUACAGCUCAAAUUAAUAGUAAGUUGCCAUGAAUGAUGACAUGCUAGUUAAGUUUAAGCUUAGCUAGCAGACCCUAGUCAAGGUUAUAGAUUUAGGAAAUAAACUGCUAAUGGUUAUCAGACUAGAGAGAAUCGGAAAAGAAAAUAUAAUGAAUGAUAUACUAUUCACAUGUGGUGUACGUAUCGACAACAUCAGUAUUCGAACGAUUACUAAGAGCUAUAUUGCUAAAAUAUUGGAAGGCAGUGGUUUAAUAGCAAUUACAUAACACAAGUGUGCGACCAUGUGGAACAGCGGCCAAGUUGGGCACUGUGUU